AUGACAUCCAUUCUCCCUCAAUCCGAAGGCUUCUUGCCUCUCUACAUUCUUUUCGUUGCCGUUACCUCGAUUGGAAAUGCUGUUCAAAGCUACAUCACCCUCUCCUACACUCGUCGUCUCUACCCCGGCCAGCCUAUGUCAGCUGCGAAAGACAAAAAAUCGCCCGCAGAUUCCUCUCCUGUCACUCCUCUCUCGUCGAGAAUAUUUGGAACGUGGACUUUGGCUGUCGGGAUCGUAAGGAUCUUUGCCGCAUAUCACAUUAAGGAAGCAUCAUGGUAUCAAAUGCAGAUGUUGACCAACGUGGUGGGCCUUGUGCACUUUGGUCUCGAGGCGUUUGUAUACCAAACAAGUCAACCAUCAGGCCCGUGGCUGGCUCCCGUGAGUGUUGCUACGAUUGGGUUGGUGUGGAGCAUUGUACAAUACGGCUUUUAUGUUCAAUAA